AGUUUGCAUGUAAACACCUAAUUUAUAAAUCGUUCGAUGAUCACAGUUUGCAAAUAUUUUUCAGUAUCAAAACAUUCAAUCAUCGUGAUCAUCGUCAAAAAAAAUGCCAACCAAAGAUUUUAAUAAUGAUUCAUGGCCAGAAAAUGACUGUCCCGAUCAUCAUCAGAAUGGUUUAAAUCCCAAUGACGAUAAUGAUCAAGAUGAUGAUGAUGAUGAUUUGUUUGAAGAUAAUGUUUGGAAUAAUCUGACCAAUGCAAAUGGUCUAAAUCUAAAUGGAUCAAUCAAUCAUGAAGAUGAUAAUGCUGAUGAUGAUGAUGAAAUUAAUCAUGAAUAUGUUCUUCUUAGUCAAGAUGAAAACGCAAUCAACAAUGGUCAACGCCAAUAUUAUCGUCAUGAUUAUCAGGUAUUAUGGAUUGAAACAAAUGAACCAUUGUUUGAACAAUCUUCCACCAUUCAAUCAACUACAACAAACAAUCACGGGCCAACAACGACAAUCGUCGAAAGAGAAAAUAAUUCCACUGAAUCAAACGAAAAUUCCACAACUACGACGACGACGAACACCACCACAAAUGAUAAUAAUGAAAAUGAUGAAAAACUUGAUGUAGAUACUAUAAGAAAUUUAAUGGCCAAUUUUCAAUUACCCGAUAAUCAUUAUCCAGAUUGGGCACGUAAUAUACCGGAAAAUGAAUGGCAUCAAAGACUACGGACAAGAUUAACGAUGGAUAAACAAAAUAAUGGAACAUAAGUAUUUUAAUUUUUCUUUUAUUCAUUUAUAAAUCAUCAAAUUGGAUGGUAGAA